AUGUUUGUUAAGUACUCCGUCACCAACCAACCAACCAUGUACUCCGUAGUUACUAAUCCAACAAAAGAGCACCUCGAUCACGUGAUCCCAUCCAGAACUGGCGCCUUGAGGAGAUUCCUUAGUGCUGCAGGAGUGCGGCACUCUUUCGUUGGGAACUUUGUGGUGAGGACCCUCGGGUACCCACUGGUUCGGAGUGUCCCAUCUCGCAACUGUAGACGAGUAGAGAAUGCCCGAUCGAUUCUGGUGGUUUCGCACGGCUACCAAGAGUUCCCACAAACCCUGGAAGGAUUAUUUGAUAAACGCGCAACCAAAGAGAGCACAACAGGUUGCCCAGGUUAUCGAUUCUUGCCUAAAGAUGCUAAGAAAUGGGCUACCGGCACUAUCAUCAUGCCUCCCAGCUUCUGGCGCCUUGAUUUAAGCCCUGAUUCAGGGAAGGAAAACACAGUCACUAUCCCGAAUACACGCAGAUUUCCACAGAAGCUGAUCUAUCUUAAAGCAAUAAUCGAUACUGUUGCCGAUCGCUACGAAGUCAGGGGGCUUAAUGAACAUGUCGUAUCAAGCUUUCCGAGCGAAGAUCAUUUAUUCCUUGACCUAUUCUACAAUGUACGUCUUCACUCUACGAGAAAGAAGGUUUGCGAUGAGAGACGGUGGAUACGUGCCGGUGUUAUAAGUCCUGAAGCGGCAAGGGCUCUCAUACCUAGAAAAGACCUAAAGCCGGAAGCUAGAAGAGCAAAGUACAAGGCCGUCGCAAAUAUUCCGACUUUAGACGCUAGCAGCAGCACGGAAUCACGGUCCAAUGCCCCUUGA